AUGCUCAUCCUCUCUCGCGCCACUCCCUCACUGCGCUUCACUGCCUACCAUUCGUCUCCCAUCAUCUCACACAUUGCUCGCAACACUCGUAUCAACUUUGCCGCAUCUCACAUCUCCGUUCGUACCAAGAUGACCGCCACCUCGCACCAGAUGCGCCCCAAUGGCCCCACCCCUCCCCUCACUCCCAAGUCAAAUUCCCUCCAGCUCCCCUUCGGCGCUGGCCUCGGCCGCUCUAGGCCCAACAUCCACCGCGAGCAGAGCCUCCUUCGUCUCCAGCACCAGCUCGACCAGCAGCCAACCUCGCUCAUGAAGCACUCGCUCCUCUCCCGCAUUCGCCGUGAGGACCCCGAGCUCUUCUUCGCCGCCCUCCAGGCAGACCUCGUCAACCUUGCCCCUGUUGUCUACACCCCCACCGUCGGUGAGGCUUGCCAAAAGUACUCGCAGGUCUACUCGGGCCCUGAGGGUCUCUACCUUUCGAUCGACGACAAGGACCAGCUCCCCCAGAUCCUCUCCGAGUACGCCGCUACUCUCAAGCACCAGCCCCAGAUCAUUGUCGUGACCGAUGGCUCGCGUAUUCUCGGUCUUGGCGACCUCGGCCUCGGCGGCAUGGGCAUUUCGGUCGGCAAGCUCAACCUCUACGUUGCCGGCGGUGGUCUGGACCCUUCGGGUACCCUGCCUGUUGUCCUUGACAUGGGCACCAACAACGAGUCGAUCCGUGAGGACCCUCUCUACCUGGGCCUCAAGCGCCCCCGCGCAUCGUUUGACGACGCCGUCUCGUUCAUGGACGACUUCAUGGCUGCCGCAUCCAAUCAGUUCCCCGACACGGUCAUCCAGCACGAGGACUUCUACUCGGAGGCCGCGUUUGAAUUCCUGUCAAGGUACCAGAGCAAGUACUGCAUGUUCAACGACGACAUUCAGGGCACUGGAUCGGUCAUUCUCGGUGGUUUCGUUGCCGCGGCCAAGGCCGCUGUCAACCUUUCCGGGAGGGAUCCCAAGGAACACAAGGUCGUCUUCCUCGGCGGUGGCUCGGCCGCAAUCGGUGUCGCCAAGGAGAUGAUGAACUAUUUCCGCAUGCUCGGCCUCUCUGAGGAUGAGGCAAGGGAGCGCUUCUGGCUCAUUGACACCAAGGGCCUCAUCACUGCCACCCGCCAGGACGUCGUCGACGGCCGCCUCGCUGAGCACAAGAAGUACUUUAUCCGCAACGACAACGAGGGCCAGGAGUACAAGACCCUCCUUGACGUCAUCGAGUACGUCAAGCCCACCACUCUCGUUGGUCUCUCGACCACCUUUGGCGCGUUCCCAGAGCCGGUUGUCCGCCGCAUGGCCGAGCUCAACCAGGCUCCCAUCAUCUUCCCCCUCUCCAACCCCACCUCCAAGUGCGAGCUCUCGUUCGAGGACGCUCUCAACUGGACCGACGGCCGUGUCCUCUACGCCUCGGGUUCCCCUUACGAUCCCGUCGUGUACGACGGCCAGCUCCGCGAGCCUGGCCAGGGCAACAACUUCCUUGUCUUCCCUGGUAUUGGUCUCGGUGCGCUGCUCUCGGGCGCCACGCACAUCACGGACGACAUGAUCACCGCGUCGGCGAUCUCGCUCUCGGAGGCUCUUACGCCUGAGGAGAAGGAGGCGGCUCUCCUUUACCCACGUCUGACUCGCAUCCGCGACGUCUCGGCCGACGUUGCUGUCGGCGUCAUCCGCGCGGCCCAGAAGGCUGGCCUCGACACGAACGAGCAGCUCCGCGAUCUCGAUGACGAGUCGCUGCUCCAGCACGUCAAGAACGCGCAGUGGUCUCCUUACCACCCUGCGGGCUACACUGGGCCCAAGAGCGCCAGCCUCUAG